AUGGAAAACAGAUAUUUUGAAAUACGGUCGAAUAUCAAAUUUUUGGUAAAACUCGAAUGGAAAGGAACACAGAUCAUUGAGGCUGUGGAAAAAGUUUAUGGAACUCAUGCUCCAAAAAAGACUACAGUCUACAAGUGGAUUCUGCAAUUCAAAGAAGGAAGAGACGACUUUGAAGACGACCCUCAUUCAGGAAGACCAACCUCAAAAAAUUAUGAAAACAUCGAGGCUGCUCGAAAUUUAAUUGAAGAAGAUCAGCGAAUAACUGUCAAUCAGAUAGCUAUGUCCCUAGACAUUUCCUAUGGGUUGGCAAAUUCAAUUCUUCAUGAUAAUUUGGGACUGAGCAAGCUUUCAGCACGGUGGGUCCCAAAAGCAUUGAGGCCUGAUCAACAGAAUCUUCGAAGUGAUCUCUCCUUAACAUUAUUGAACAAAAUUGAAGCAGACGAAGAGCAAUUAUCACCGGAGAUGAAACUUGGAUUUACCAGUAUGAUCCUGAGUCCAAAAAACAGUCAAAGCAAUGGCUCUCACACGGAUCUUCAGGACCCAUCAAGUUCAAAUCUCAAAAGUCAGCUCAAAAAGUGA